AUGUGUAGUUUCCAAAAUCCUUUUGCUUCAACUUUGCAGAUUGCAUAUCAUCUUCAUAAUCAUGUUUUUCAGUAUAAUGAGUGGUGGGUCUAUGCAUUUGGUUUGGUUGGGCUUGUGUGCCUGGCCAUUGCCUCUGCUAUUUGUUGUUCAAGUAGUGUUGGAAGCUCCAACAACAUCAUGUGCUUGGAGACUGAAAAACACGCUCUUCUCCAGUUCAAACAAGGCCUUGUGGAUAAGUCCAAUGCUCUUGCUUCUUGGGAAAACAAGAAAGAUUGCUGCAAGUGGAGAGGAAUAGCGUGCAACAACCAAACAGGUCAUGUCACCAGUCUUGAUUUCUCCUUUAGUUAUGAUCCAUAUCACAAUUCUACUGAAGUUCCUUUAAGAGGAACUAUGAUUCCUAAGUUCAUUGGCUCUUUGAGUCAAUUGAAAGAACGCAAACUUGCAGAUGCUAAUUUCAGUGGCCCUGUUCCUCCCCAACUUGGAAACCUCUCUAAUUUGCACACUCUUGAUCUUUCCGAGAACUAUGAUGUUCGUUCAGAAAAUCUUGAGUGGUUAUCUCAUUUUUCUUCCUUGAGAUACCUGAACAUGUCAUGGCUGAAUUUGUCUGAGACUGUGAAUUGGCCACAAUCUUUAAGCAAGCUCACUUCAAUUACAGAGCUUCAGUUAUCUUCCUGUCAUCUUCAUGAUGUCAAUCUAAGAUCACUUUUCUUUAUUGAUUCUUCCACCUCUCUUCAGGUUCUUCACCUCUCUGGGAACUUUUUUAAUUCUUCAAUAUUUUAUUGGAUAGCCAAUGUCAGCAGCAACUUUGUCCAUAUUGAUCUCUCUUCCAACAAUCUUGAAGGUCCCAUCCCAGAUGUCUUCACAAGCAUGCUUUCUCUAGAGUCGUUGAUCUUAUAUCGCAACCAAUUGUCUGAAAACAUUGAGGACUCUGUUAAAACCUUGUCUUGUGCUGAGAACACACUUGAGACCUUGGACUUGGGUGCUAACCUGUUUUGGGGGUCGUUGCCAGAUUUGUCACGUUUUCAAUUGGUGACCUUGGCCACAUUACAAUCGACUGACUAUCAAGGGAACAAAAAAAGGUCAUCUAUGUAA